AUGUGCACAGCAGCAAGUGCGUAUUUGCCGCACCAGUUGGUGUCACGUUUGGAAACGCUUUUUUCGAUCACGAAAGCGACAAAUAUGUCUGUUGCUGCUGAGGAGGCUUCGAAAACACUGCUUCAAAAAGCUUUCAGUUUCUUGCCGCUCAUCAAUGUAGAGAAUGUAAUGUACCUGAUUCUGGUCCUGUUGUGCUGGGAGGGCUGCGUUGCACUUGCGGCAAUACUGAAGCCAGUUUUUUCGUUUUUUCUUCGGUUACUUCCUAUUGGAGACCAUCAGCCGCGCAUAAAUUAUCCGUAUUUGUGGACUUUGAAAAAGGGCAAAAGAGAGAUGGAAGAAGGUGAUAUCGAAAAAGCUGCUAAUGAUGACUAUGAGUAUGUUGUCAAGGUGGAGUGGGACUGUCAUGAUAUCAUCGCUAUUGUUUGCUGCCUUUGUGUUGGCGCAUCACAUCUAUACAAAAGGCAUUGGAUAACGAAUGAUUUACUUGGUAUUGCUUUUUCCAUAUACGGAAUCGAGAACAUUCAUUUAUGCAGUUUCAAGGCGGGGACAAUGUUACUGGCUGGUCUGUUUAUUUAUGACGUCUUCUGGGUGUUCGCUACUGAUGUGAUGACAACGGUCGCCAAGGGGAUUGAUGCUCCAAUACUGCUUCAGUUUCCGCAGGAUAUAUACCGCAAUGGGCUGCACAGUGCUGGCAAACACGCUAUGCUUGGCUUGGGCGAUAUCGUGGUACCAGGGAUAUUUAUCGCUUUACUUCGUCGAUUCGAUCAUCAUAUUGGCUCAGGAGGUAGACCUGAGAAACCACGGCAUUACUUCCUUAUAACGAUAUUGGCUUACGCUCUGGGCUUGUUGAUCACAAUGGGUGUUAUGCACUUUUUCAAAGCGGCACAGCCAGCGCUGCUUUAUUUGGUGCCUACAUGUAUAUUGGUUCCGCUUCUGGUUGCCCGCAUUCGUGGAGAAGCAGGCGAGAUGUUCAAUUAUUGCGAAGAGCAUCUGAUUGAGAACAGAAGUCGAAAAGCAACAGUCGCAAAAGAAUCGAAGAAAUUGGACUAA